AUGGAUUCCCCACGGACGGAGCAGCAGAGUAGCAGCAGCGGUACUACUUCUACCAUCACAAAUCCAAUGCAAGGAGUCGGAGGAGGAGGCGGCCCUACGCCUGACGACCAGCGGGCCAAGAGGCCGCCGCACCUCUCCAUCGACAUCCCGGCGGCGACCAGCGCCCCCCUCACACCGACGGCGGCGGCAGAGGCAGAAGCCGUAGCCAGCAGAACACCAGGUUCUGCCUCGGGUUCCGGCAAGAACGGUGCCCCAGCCAAGUCCCCAGCGCCGCAGCGCACGCCGUCCUUCAUGCUGCGGCAGACGGUGCGGAGCCUCCUGCCGGGAGGGGGCAGCUUCAAGUCCUCGGUCAGAGGCUACGAGGCCUCCCUCUCCAGGCUCUUCAGCGGAAGGAUCGCCAGGACGGCCUCGCUCCCGGCCGUGGACCACGCCCUCGCGGCCUCCGUGCACGCCGCCGACAAGACUCCGUCCAGCGUUCCUGCCGCCGCCGCUGACAACAAGACGGGCAUGCACCGCUCGCAGUCCCUCCCCAUGAACAUGAAGAAGUUCAGCUCCGCCAAGAGCAUCAAGAGGAUGAACUCGCUCGGCGGCGUGUACCGCGUCGUCCCCUCCACGCCGCGAGCCACCGCCGCCGCCACCGCCGCGACCAGCAAUGCCGCGCCGGACAUAGUCCCCACAGAACCAGGGGCCGGAGAGGGGGAAGACGACCAUGGGGAGGACAUCGCGGAGGAGGAGGCGGUGUGCCGGAUCUGCAUGGUGGAGCUCUCCGAGGGAGGCGGCGCCAUGAAGCUCGAGUGCUCCUGCAGGGGUGAGCUCGCACUAGCCCACACCGACUGCGCCCUCAAGUGGUUCGGCAUCAAGGGCACCAGGACCUGCGAGGUGUGCAAGGAGGAGGUCCAGAACCUCCCCGUCACCCUGCUACGCGUCCAGAGCACGCGCGGCGGCGACGCGACCCGUGCAGGUGCCGGCGCCAACGGGCCGCGGUACGUCCGGUACAGGCUGUGGCAUGGGACACCUAUCCUGGUGGUCAUCAGCAUCCUGGCAUACUUCUGCUUCUUGGAGCAACUGCUGGUUGCGCAUAACGGCUUCGCCGCCCUGGCGAUAUCGCUGCCCUUCUCGUGCAUCCUAGGCCUCUUCUCAUCACUCACCACAACAAGCAUGGUGGCGAGGAGAUACGUGUGGAUCUACGCCGCGAUCCAGUUCCUCUUCGUCGUGUUCUUCACGCAUUUGUUCUACAGAUAUCUGCAUCUGCAGGCUGUGAUAUCCAUCAUCCUGGCAACCUUUGCGGGUUUCGGCGUGGGGAUGAUCGGCAACUCCAUCAUCAUCGAGGUGCUCAGGUGGAGGACGAUGGCCCCUGCCCACCAGCGCCAUGCUCGCAGGCCACCACGUGUCGCCCAGCAGCAGCAGCCAGCUCCGGCAUCCAGUCAGCCUUCAGCUGCAGAGGAGGGACAGCGUAGCGCCACCGUCGACGUCGAGAACCCCGCCAUCCCUCAAGCAUAG